CGGCGACGGCCGCUGCGUUCCCGGUGUGCUUUGCGUUGCGCUCCGCCCGACCGCCGGCAGGAGGGGGCGCUCGCCGCCGUGGGGUGUGCGCGCCCCGGACAUGGACGCAGAUGAUACAGGAAAUCGACUUCGAUUCCAGUUGGAGCUGGAGUUUGUUCAAUGUCUGGCAAAUCCAAAUUACCUCAACUUUCUUGCACAAAGAGGUUACUUCAAAGAUAAUGCUUUUGUAAAUUACCUUAAAUAUUUACUUUAUUGGAAAGAACCUGAAUAUGCAAAAUACCUGAAGUAUCCUCAAUGUUUGCAUAUGCUAGAGCUGCUCCAGUAUGAACAUUUCCGCAAAGAACUGGUCAACGCUCAAUGUGCCAAAUUUAUUGAUGAGCAACAGAUCCUCCACUGGCAGCACUAUUCACGGAAAAGGAUGCGCCUCCAGCAGGCACUGGCAGAGCAGCAGCAACAAAAUAACACCUCUGUAAAAUGAAAAGCACCUGGAGUAGUGAUGAUAAGGUGUACUUUGUGCUAGUGAAGUAUUUACAGGAGUGGAGUAAACCCUUGUAAGUUUGACUCUGGAUGUAUGUCCCUUUUAUUUGAAUUUUUCAAGUGACUGUGGUUGUUUUUGUUUCAUCAACUCUUUUUAAAGACUAAUAAACACCUGGAAUUUA